GGACCAGCAGUCUCACCUGCCAUUAUUUUCGUCUGCGAAGCUCAUUCCUCAUCCAGCACUACGCAGGAAUGGUAUAUGAUGAAGUCCACCUUUGAUCCGGACGAUCAAGUCGACGUGGACGCCAACCUGGGCCGUCGUUUGUCCAAGCUCUCGAACAAUUCCAAGCACGCGUUCACCCUGAACCAGGUCCAGCGCGUCAAAGUCUGCGCCACGUACGAUCGCGAAGAUGAAGACGGCGCCACUAUGUACGUCCUGGAUGUCUAUCUGCAAUACGUGCAACGAGGACUGCCCACUACACCAGGAAAGACGACGAGUGAGCGGAGAUCACGGCUACAACAGGAGAAGGAGGAGACGGAACCAGAAUACCAGGUGGAGCAUCGAUACUCGGCGUUUCGAGAGCUUCGAAAGCGAAUUACUGCUAUCGUACACGACCGCGAGCACAUGCAAUGGUGCGCGUACUGCAGUCGCGUGACUUGGAUCACAUCGGUCGAGGGUUUCCCGUCCAGGUUUCCGAACCGUGGGCGCUGGGCGGUGUAUACUGGUUGGCGCCGGCUGUUGAUACACAUGAGAAAGAGGAAACUCGAACGCUUUGUGAACCAAAUACUGCGUGCAGCGAAGGACUUAUCUUAUCGACGAGGAGGUGGUCAAUGCCAGAGGUUCAUCGAAGUCUCACAAAUACUCAAUACCUUUCUAAUGGACCCUGAUCUGCGUCCCGAAGGCUGCGUUUGGUGACACUCUACCCGAUAGUACAACCAAUUCAUGAAAAAAUUAUUACAAAGCAAAAUGAAAGCAAGAGAAAGCAUUCUCAGCCGAG